UCUGCCAGCCCAGCCUGACUCCUUGACAUUGUGAAUAGCUCCAUCCAGCCUGGGAAGUGAGCUGGACGGCUGCCCCAGGCUGCUCCUGGAUCGCCCAACAGGCCCAUGCUCUGGCUGGAGCCCUCCUCUGGGCUGGGGGGCCACAGGCCUGGCCUCCUGCCCGUGCUCCUGGCUGUCCUUGGCAUGGCCUGGGCAGAGAUGCAGCCACUCCAGCUACAGGAAGAGCAGGCUCCAAUGCCCGGAGCUCUGAGCAGGAAGGAGAGUUUCCUGCUCCUCUCCCUGCACGACCGCCUGCGGAGCCAGGUGCAGCCGCCUGCAGCCAACAUGCAGAGAAUGGACUGGAGUGAGAGCCUGGCCCGACAGGCUCAGGCCAGGGCGGCCCUCUGUGGUGCCCCAGCCCCUAGUCUGGCGUCCACCCGCUGGGCCACUCCACAAGUGGGCUGGAAUGUGCAGCUGCUGCCCACGGGCUCAGCAUCCUUCUUCCACGUGGUGGGCCUGUGGUUUGCAGAGGGCCAGUGGUACAACCAUGCGGCAGCCGAGUGUGCCCACAACGCCACCUGCACACACUAUACUCAGCUCGUGUGGGCCACCUCAAGCCAGCUGGGCUGUGGGCGACAUCCCUGCUCUGGGGGCCAGGCUGAGAUGGAAGCCUUUGUCUGUGCCUACUCUCCUGGAGGCAACUGGGAGGUCAACGGGAAGACAAUUGUCCCCUAUAAGAAGGGCGCCUGGUGUUCACUCUGCACGGCCAGUGUCUCAGGCUGCUUCAAAGCCUGGGACCACGCAGGGGGGCUCUGUGAGGUCCCCAGGAACCCAUGUCGCAUGAGCUGCCGGAACCAUGGACAUCUCAAUGUCAGCACCUGCCGCUGCCACUGUCCCCAUGGCUACACGGGCAGAUACUGCCAAGUGCGGUGCAGUGUGCAGUGUGUGCAUGGCCGUUUCCGGGAAGAGGAGUGCUCCUGUGUGUGUGAUGUCGGCUACGGGGGAGCCCAGUGUGCCACCAAGGUGCACUUUCCCUUCCACACCUGUGACCUCAGGAUCGAUGGAGACUGCUUCAUGGUGUCUUCGGAGGCAGACACAUAUUACGGAGCCAAGAUGAAAUGCCAGGGAAAAGGCGGCAUCCUGGCCCAGAUCGAGAGCCAGAAAGUACAGGACAUCCUUGCCUUCUACCUGGGUCGCCUGGAGUCCACCAACGAGGUGACUGACAGUGACUUUGAGACGAGGAAUUUUUGGAUUGGGCUCACCUAUAAGACCACUAAGGACUCCUUCCGCUGGACCACCGGAGAGGACCAGUCCUUCACCAGUUUUGCCUUCGGGCAGCCUGACAACCAGGGGUUUGGCAACUGCGUGGAGCUGCAGGCAUCAGCUGCCUUCAACUGGAAUGACCAACGCUGUAAAACCCGAAACCGUUAUAUCUGUCAGUUUGCUCAGGAGCACAUUUCCCGGUGGGACCCAGGGCCCUGAGGCUCAGCCAUGCCUCUGCCCUGCCAGCGCCUGGGGGCACCAGCCCUGCUUGCCUGUCUGCCUACCUACCGUCUAAAACAAGGGCCUGGCCAGGACCGCAAGCACAAUAUCCAAAGAGGUCACAAACCUUGCAGGAAAUGGUGCAGGGGGUUCAAGUGAGACUGAUAGGGAGCCUUGUAUAGGGGGAGGGGAGCCUAGGGCCCCCUCAGCCUGCUUUGGAUUGGAAGAUGGGCCUCAUUUAAGUGCUGAAACAGGGGCCAGGGCCAGUGAUUAGAAGAGACCCCCUCCAUGUGAGCUGGGGCAGAUGCAGGUUCCUCGUUAUCCAGGAUGCACCCCACAAAAGAUUAAACUAAGUUAUAACUCAGCCAAAUUUGUGAGUGCUCAUUUUGAAGAAGAAUUCAGAUGAGCCAGGAUGACCCUGAAAGACGAGAGUGUGCCUGCGGCUCCACUGCCAUUGCCUCCUGCCUAACCCAGGCCCUUCCCUCAUCACCCAGGUAACCGAGGACACCAUCUGGAAAUUUUCAGGGCCCUAGUCCCUGAGUAAUGCAUAGAUUUAGAAGCCUCAUUUGCCUCCUCAAUUUCCUGCUCCAUCUCCUCUCACCACUGCCUCUGUUGGCUUUGUGUUUCUGUUCACACUCUCUCCCUUUAUUCGUUAUGCCUGCUCCACGUAUUUCUUCUCUCUUUACGAUUAUCUAAACUGAGGUCUGUUGUGGCCCCAUCCCCCUUCUUUCCCACAGUGAGAGGGUGGACCCAGGCAGGUAAAAGACUGGGAGGUGCUAUCAUUGGUGUCCAGAAUACACCUUGGCCCACUUGUACACUACUGUGUGCCCACGUCAAGUUGCUUUGCUCAUCGGAAGUAGAAGGAUAGCCUGGGACCGUGGAAUGGGGAGAAGCGUAUCAGUCACAAUUCUUAGUUGCAACCAAUAGAAACAGCUCUGGCUAAUCAUUGCAGAAAAGACAUUUAUCAAAAGGACAAUGAUUUUAAAAUGGGCCAAAGGCUUGAACAGACAGUUCUCCAAAGAAGAUAUACAAAUGACCAACAAGCGCAUGCAAAGAUACUCAACAUCACUAGUCAUUAGGAAAUACAAACC